AAAAUUUACUAAAUACAAAUGAAGACCGCCAUCGCACUCUGUUUAUUACUUGCUGUGACUUCAGCCGAAUAUGUCGUGAAAAACGAGGAGAACUUGCAGCAAUUUCGCCGCGAAUGCGCCACCGAACUGAAAGUGCCCGCAGAACACAUAGAACAAUUUCGCAAAUGGCAAUUCCCCAAUGACUCCGUCACACAGUGCUAUUUGAAAUGUGUUUUUGAAAAAUUCGGUCUGUUCGAUGCUGAGACUGGUUUCAACGUUGAGCACAUUCAUCAGCAGCUGCAGGGUGCCGAAGUGGCGCCACCUGGCGAUGCCGACCAUGAUGACGUCGUUCACGACAAGAUCGCCGCCUGUGUCGACACUAAUGAACAGGGUUCGAACGCCUGUGAGUGGGCUUAUCGUGGUGGCGUUUGCUUCAUUAAGGAGAACCUGCAAUUAGUAAAGCACAGCGUUAAGCCACAAGCUUAAAUUAUUAUUAU